AUGUUUUCUAAAGUUUUGAUCAUUGCUGUGUUGGUUGCCUGCGCUGUGGCCCACAAAGCUACUUCGUAUGCUUCCUUCAAUAACCACGUCCAACAUGGCGGACAUGGAGGUCACCACGAAGAGCAUUAUCCUCAUCAUCAUCCCAAGUAUGAGUACAAGUACGGCGUGGAGGAUCAUCACACUCACGAUAUGAAAUCAGCGGAGGAGCAACGUGAUGGCGAUGUUGUCAAAGGAUGGUAUAAACUCGCACAGCCAGAUGGCAGGACCCGCAUUGUUCAUUACACCUCCGAUAAACACAAUGGAUUCAACGCUGAUGUGCAAUAUUCCGGACAUGCUGAACACCCAGCUCCCAAACACCAUUAUUAA